UUCUGCCGGCCGCCCCGAGGGUAGAGGCCGAGCCUUGACUGACGGCUCCCAGCUACCCAAUGGGAAGCGGCCCGAGUGGCCACGCUAGCCAGUGGCAGAGAGGAGGAGGCGGGGCUUAGCGGCAGCGAGCGUCAGGAAGCGAGAGGAGCGCGGGGAUAAGGGCUCGUUUUCUUACCAGCGUCCAUCAUGGUGGGUUCUAAAGGGGAGCGGGGGGGGGGGGUAAAAAAUGACCAGCGGAACGGGGUGCCACUGGACCAAGGUGGUCGAGGCGCUGAUCGGCUGCUCCUGGCUGAAUCCCGCCUCUGCCAAGAUGGGAGCCCUCGGCCAGGCUCUGGGUGCGAAUCGCCGGGGGACGGAGAGGCCGGGGAAAGGCGGCUCCCCUUCCCGCAGAUCCCCUGGGAAAGAGGAGGGUGGGUGUGCUGGGCUCUGGCCUGAUCCAGCCCGGGAUCGUCCCCGGGCUCUGGUAGAAGCGAUAGCGAAAGUGGUUCCAGGCGCCCCCCCCCCGGGGGGUUGGGGAAAUCGAGGUUUUCUUUAUUGUCUGCAUUGGGGCACAUGGGGCUGGUCCAUCUGGGAAGGUAGUGCAUCUGGGACAGAGUUUCCCCAAACUUGGGCUUGCAGCUGGUGUGUGGUUUUUGGACUACAGUUCCCAUCAUGCUUUUAGACCAGUGGUCCUGAUGGCGCUGUAGAAGCGAUGGCUCUGGUAGAAGCGAUAGCGAAAGUUGGCGCCCCGUAAAGUGGCCCAGGGUUGGGGGAAUCGAGGCUUUCUUUAUUGUGCACGUAGGUUCUCAACCUGUGGGUCCCCAUAUGUUGUUGGACUACAACUCCCAUCAGCCCUGAGCUCUGACCUUGCUAGUUAGGGGUGAUGGGAGUUGAGGUUCAACAACAUUUGGGACCCGCAGGUUGAGAAAAGCUAACAUAGGGGCACAUGGGGCUCAUCCAUCUGGGAAGGUAGUGCAUCUGGGACAGCGUUUUCCCCAAACUUGGGCUUGCAGCUGGUGUGUGUUUUUUGGACUACAGUUCCCAUCAUGCCUGACUACCGGUCCUGCUAUAGCUAGGGAUGUGGGUGGCGCUGUGGUCUAAACCACUGAGCUCCAUGGGCUUGCUGAUCAGAAGGUUGGCGGUUCAAAUCCCCAUGACGUAUCGUCCCGGGCUCUGGUAGAAGCGAUAGCAAAAGAUGGCCCCCGUCCAGUGGUUCCAGGCGCCCACCUGGGGUUAGGGGAAUUGAGGUUUUCUUUAUUGUCCACAUAGGGGCAGAUGGGGCUGACCAUCUGGGAAGGUAGUGCAUCUGGGACAGAGUUUCUGCAAACUUGGGCUUGCAGCUGGUGUGUGUUUUUUGGACUACAGUUCCCAUCAUGCCUGACCACUGGUCCUGCUAUAGCUAGGGAUGCGGGUGGCGCUGUGGUCUAAACCACUGAGCCCCUUGGGCUUGCUGAUCAGAAAGUUGGAGGUUUGAAUCCCUGUGAUGGGGUGAUCUCCCAUUGCUCUGUCCCAGCUCCUGCCUACGUAGCAGUUCGAAAGCACACCGGUGUAAGUAGAUGUGGCGGGAAGGUAAACAGCAUUUCCAUGUUAGUCAUGUUGGCUACAUGACCCAGAAAGCUGUCCGUGGAAAAUCGCCGGCUCCCUCGGGCUGAAAGCAAGAUGAGCGCUGCACCCCAUAGUUGCCUUUGACUGGACUUAAUCAUCCAAGGGUCCUUUACCUUAUAGCUAGGGAUGAUGGGAGUUGUAGUCCAAAAAUAGCUGGAGGCCCACGUUUGAGAAAGAAGAUUCUGCUCUUAAGCGUCUGCUGCCUUGCGGGGAUAUCUUUGGGAGAAGAAAAUGUUAAGGAGUGCACAAAUCUGUAGUGGGGUCCCUAACACAGCCUUGUAUGCUUCUUGUAUGCCAGUGUGGUGUAGUGGUUAAGAGCGGUAGACUCGUAAUCUGGUGAACUGGGUUCGCUUCCCCGCUCCUCCACAUGCAUCUGCUGGGUGACCUUGGGCCAGUCACACUUCUCUGAAGUCUCUCAGCCUCACUCACCUCACAGAGUGUUUGUUGUGGGGGAGGAAGGGAGAGGAGAAUGUUAGCCGCUUUGAGACUCCUUCGGGUACUGAUAAAGCGGAAUAGCAAAUCCAGACUCCUCUUCUUCUUCUUUCUAACAACAACUGCAGCCAAGGUGGUGCUUAACGUAUUGCUCUGCUUUCCUCUGAACCGCAUCAGCGAGGCAGAGAGUUGGUCUUGUCGUCCGUGCAGCCCAGGAUCUCCAUAUGCACUGCACAGUCUUGUUCCCCAGGGAGGUCACUUUGGUGUUGCUAGCGCAGCAUUUUGACUUCGCCCCCAGAGGCGCACUCUAUUCUAACAACAUUUGGAGGAAAGUGGGAAUCGUGUCAGAUCUCUGACACACUUUCCUUACAUGUGUGUAGUUGACCUUCCUACCGAAGAGGCUCACACAUAGUGGUCUGAUUUGGAGAAUCUCCAUCCCAGUGAAAAAGUGUUGCCGAAUUGGUUCCUUAAUAAUGUUGACUAACCAGCCUGCCUUCUCCCUCCUUUCCCAGUCUAUUAUGUCCUAUAACGGUGGGGCCGUAAUGGCCAUGAAAGGGAAAAACUGUGUUGCCAUUGCCGCUGACCGGAGGUUUGGCAUUCAAGCCCAGAUGGUGACUACGGAUUUCCAGAAAAUUUUCCCAAUGGGAGACAGAUUAUUCAUCGGUUUGGCUGGACUCGCCACUGAUGUUCAGACAGUGUAAGUAUUUAUUCUUGCUCAAAGCAAGAAAAUCGGUGUUGUCCAGUGCUAGGGGCCUUGGGAACUGUUUUUGGGAGGUUCGUGGCUAGAUUUUUGUGAAUUGCUGCUCUUUCGGUCUUGGUAUCCCCAACUCUUCCAAAAUGGGAAGAGUGGCUCUCUUGGCAAGGUUGCUUGGAAGUUGCGAAUAUCAGAAAAUAGAAAACAAAUACAGAUAAUGUUUUGUAGUUUUUCUCAUCACCUGAGCUGUUGGACAGGGACAGUUUUUUCCAGAGGCAAAAAUUCCCUGCAGCUGAGCAUGUUAUAGAUCACCAACACACACACAUCCUGUGAACUAAAGGGUAAAAUAUUCAGUACCUUGAGGGUUUGUUUUCGUUUGCUUUUUUAGAAAACAGAAGCCAAGUUCCUGUUGUUGUUGUUGUUGUUGUUAAAUAUUAUUUUAAUGUUUUAAUGUUUCAGUAUUUUAAUUUUGUUUUUAAGUUGUAUUCAUUCAACUUGUUUUUAUUAUUGCUUGUUAGGCGCCCCGAGCUCAGCCUUGGCUGGGGAGGGCGGGGUAUAAAUAAAAAUUAUUAUUAUUAUUAUUUUAAAAAUGAGCUAAAUGUUCCCCUCUUAAAACAGAGAUGGUAAACCAGUGAACUCUAGAUGUUUUUGGACUCCCAAUUCCCAUUAUCCCCAGCCAGCAUGGCCCAUGGUCAAGGAUAAUGGGGUUUGUAGUCCAGCAAUAUCUUUGUCUUAGAACAAUGCAAUUUUGAAUUGAAACUCAAAUCAGAUCAAAUGCAAACAUGUUUUAGGAAUGGCUUAUUAAAUGACAUUGCCUAAUUUUUUUCACAGGGUGUGUGUUUAAGAGCAAUAACAUAUUGGCAUUAAAUAAUCUCCCCCACCCCAAUUCGUAGAGACAAUAGGUUCAAAGUUCUAAAUUUUAAGCUGAAGUUAUCAAAUUGUGAGUAGUAGAGAAGUCUGGGCUUCCAGCCGGUGCAGGUUUUGCAAAGUACUUGCAUAGAUCUGUGUUGUAUCCUGCAACAACUAAGCCUAUGAUCUUGGUCUUAUAAAAAAAAUAAAGCAAGCAAACAUAGACGAAACUGGAGAUUACUCAAAUUAGUCCAAAAUUCUCCAAUAAACAACUAUCCGCCAUGGCAUAGGGAGCAGUUGCAGAAUGUCCUGAGAUAUGUACAUUGUGCUUCCUCAGCCACCAAGUGGAAAAUGGAUUUAGGGCCUUAAAAUGAAAUAAACACCAGUUUUUGUCUCUUUAACAGCGCUCAAAGGCUCAAGUUCCGGCUGAAUCUUUAUGAGCUGAAAGAAGGCCGGCAAAUCAAACCGCAGACCCUGAUGAGUAUGGUAUCUAACCUGCUGUAUGAGAGACGGUAAAGGAUUUAAAAGAAUUGCAUUUCAGCUAAGAAGUUCAGUAACAUUGGAGGGGGGGGGGACAUGAAUGCAUGGGCUUGAACUGAAGAUAAAUCCUAGAACAGAUUGAAGCCCUAGCUGCAACUAAACUCCUGGAAUCUCUGCUGGCUGGUGGGUUCUGUUGAAGCACCAGUUUGAUUUGGAAGAGACAAGGAGGUCCCUGUGGCCCAUCCCUCCUGCUCAAAGCAUCCAUCCUGUGGUCCUGUGGCCCAGCCCUCCUGCUCAGAGCCCGUGUGGUGUAGUGGUUAAGAGCGGUGGACUCGUAAUCUGGUGAACCGGGUUCGCGUCUCCGCUCCUCCACAUGCAGCUGCUGGGUGACUUUGGGCCAGUCACACUUCUCUGAAGUCUCUCAGCCCCACUCACCUCACAGAGUGUUUGUUGUGGGGGAGGAAGGGAAAGGAGAAUGUUAGCCGCUUUGCGACUCCUUCAGGUAGUGAUAAAGCGGGAUAUCAAAUCCAAACUCUUCUCUUCUUCUUCAAAGACGGGAUCAUCCAUCUGCCAACCCCCUCAAAUUGUCAGGGAAUGGUCUGAAUCGGAAGAUGGGGGAAUGCAUUCUCAGGCAGAUCAGCUUGGCUCUGAAGAGGAGGAGGGGGAAGUUUCGCCUUCCCUGUUUCCAGCAGUUUCAGGAGCAGAGAGAGACACAGACAUGGAGCAGCUUUGACAGGAGUUGCCUAGUUACGAGAUAAUGGAAAGAGAAACAAGGGAGGGAACAGCCAGCAGAGAUGUCAUUAGAGCAGCAGUUUUCAACCUGUGGGUCCCCAGAUGUUGUUGGACUACAACUCCCAUCAUCCCUGAGCUCUGGCCUUGCUAGCUAGGGGUGAUGGGAGUUGUAGUUCAACAACAUCUGGGGACCCACAGGUUGAGAAAGGCGGCAUUAGAGAGUGUGGGGGACCCUCCCUCUCCAGGAACUAGGAGGUCCAUCCGUAUUAGAGAACAAAGAAUGCAGAGAGGAGGAAGAGGAACCUCCCAUUGGCAUCCAGGAUGUUGCCAGGGAUGGAAGUGGGAGAAUUGUGGAUUUUUGCUUGCUGAAUAAAAAGGACUAUAAAAUAUUAACUUCUGGUUAAUUUUUGUCUGUGAAGUUACCGAAGGGAAGGGAGGACUCUGCACACCUGAGACAAAUCAAUACAUAUGUCAGGCCAAAAGCUGGUGUACUGCAAAAAGUGCUCUGGGUAGCUCUAGCAAGCUACAUCUGAACUGGAGGGGCUGGGGAGUUCUGCCCUUCUCUCCAGAUAUUUGAAGAUCUGGCCAAUUCUAAGCAUAACCUAAACUUGUCUGCUUAGGCAUCCCAAUGGAAAUGUGAUUGGAUGUAUUUUCCUGCCGCUUCCCUUUUUCUCGAAGUUGGGUUUUUAAUAGCUUUUUUUUAGCAUAGCUUUGUCAUGGUUAGAUGGUGUUUGGGACGAGUUUACUGAAUGGAUAGCUAACACGCCUUUUCCUGCUGCUUUCAGGUUUGGACCUUACUACACGGAGCCAGUGAUAGCCGGCUUGGACCCGGUCACGUACGAGCCCUUCAUCUGCUCCUUAGACCUGAUCGGCUGCCCAAUGACAACGGAGGACUUUGUGGUCAGCGGGACUUGCGCAGAGCAGAUGUACGGCAUGUGCGAGUCCCUGUGGGAGCCAGACAUGGUAAGAGGGAUGCCGCCUUAGCCAGGAGCACACAAGAAGCAUGGGCAUGAGUGUUUCUGCUUUCAUUACCUUGGCAAGGGCAAGAUUUUGUGGGGCUGCCUCUAAAAAUGGCUGCUCUCGCUAAUGCACAGUGCCUCUUAACGGUGCCAAGGGCCUUCUGGCAGUUCCCUCACUGCAAGAAGCAAAUCUACAGGGAACCAGGCAGAGGGCCUUCUCAGUAGUGGCGCCCGCCCUGUGGAACGCCCUCCCAUCAGAUGUCAAAGAGAUAAACAACUACCUGACAUUUAGAAGACAUCUGAAGGCAGCCCUGUUUAGGGAAGUUUUUAAUGUGUGACAUUUUGAUGUAUUUUUAAUCUUUGUUGGAAGCCGCCCAGAGUGGCUGGGGAACAAAUAAUAAAUUGUUGUUGUUGUUGUUGUUGUUGUUAUGUUACUGGCCCUUUGACUGAUUAAACAUUUUAUGGCCUUUGGGGUGUGCUUGUGGGGUGUGUGUGAUUGGUUUGUUUUUGUUUUGUUGCGUAUUUUGUGCUGUCAUUUAGUAUUUUUAUGUUGUGAACCACCCUGUGAUCUUUGGAUGAAGGCCAGUAUACAAAUUUUAAUAAUAAUAAUAAUAAUAAUAAUAAUAAUAAUAAUAUUGUAAUCCACCCCACCUCACAUGUUGUCAGAUUACAAAUUUAAGGGCCUUUAAAAGACUAAAGAUUAAAAUUGUCAGAUUAAAACUUAAGGGCCACGUGAUCUAAUUCCUCGUGCAAAGCUCAUUCUAGAUACAACACACCUAAAGGAAUUCCAAGUACAAGACAAGGGUUUCUCUCUUCCUCUCUUGAAUGCAGGAACCAGAUGACCUCUUUGAAACCAUAGGCCAAGCCAUGCUCAAUGCGGUGGACAGAGAUGCCGUGUCAGGCAUGGGCGUGAUAGUUCAUGUCAUGUAAGUAUGCUUUUGGUUUGUUGUGGUUGGGUCUCUUUUUUUUCAGUACGUUUGCUGCAAAACAUGUCCAAGAGGUUGAUUGAUCUUCAUGGCUUAGCUGCAGGGAGAGUAGCUCUCCAGCAAGGCUGACCCAGAAAAAUGAGUCCCAUGGAAGUGAUGAAGUUAAUUUAGUUUCCCCUCCUGGUUGGGGGUAGGUUUAAAGAGCAGCACCAGGGAAAAUAGAAUUGGCAUCUGCAACAAGGGAGCUGGACUAACCUAGCUAAGCUCCUUGUUUUUCUAGUGAGUGGCCGAUGCUUGAUGGAAAUUCCCCAAGAGGUAAAAAUAUGAUUUACACUGCUGGGCAUCCGUGUGAGAUUUCACCUCCGUUUCUCCUCCUCUUUUCUUUCUUCACCAGUGAAAAAGACAAGAUUACUACCCGAACACUGAAAGCUCGUAUGGACUAAGCAAAAGGCACGGUUGUUUUGGGAUGCUCAAUAUUUUACUUGACAUUAUCUUAACGGCUGGAAUGCUCUUCUGUUAAGAAAACCGUAUAUGAUUUUGUUGUCGGAGCUCAAAAUUAUAUAUGAUGGAAAUGAGAUGUAUUGUUGGCAGAAUAAAUGUUUUCACUAAGAAUU